GCGGCUCUCGGCGAGGCUCCAGGAGCGGCUGGCGGCCUUGCCGGAGCAGCCAGGCCUGCCUCCCUCGAGGACCUCUGCGGACUUCGCGCCGUUCCCGACGCCCUGGCCCGCGAUCGCGGAGUCGGCCGCGUUCCACAUGGGCGGCCAGCGCAUCGCGGAGGUGAGCGGCCUUUACGCAAGGUGGGUCACGCGCGUUGAGGAGGCCUUCGAGCUGGCUGUUGAGCAGAAGGAGUCGGCUGUCACAUCGUCGGUGCACGGGGCUGCUGACAAUUGGUGGGCCCAGGUUCACACGGACACCCGGCGGCUCGCCAAGUUCCGCAAUAUCGAGAAGCCGUCGGAGGCUGUCAGGAGGGACUCGGCCAGGCUCGCUUUCGCGUGCCAGGAACUCGGCCGUGCGGCGCCGAGGAGGGCGCGCGCUGCGCUCGUAGUUCGCGACGCUCGCGGCGCCAGUUCGAGCGGCGAGGUUCUAGACUGGAAGCAACUUCGCCGCCGGCUGCACCUGGUGCCUGGGGCGCCCCAGGAGGCGCUUGAACAGCUGGUGGCCACGGCUUCGAUUGCUGUGCGGCGAGCUCGCAGCCGAGCCGCGCGUGCUUCACUCCGUGAUUUCCAGCGCUGGAUCGUCCAGGACGGCUCCAGCACGGUGCUCUUUCGGUCCCUCAAGCACGCGCCGGAGGCCACCGUCGAGGAGCACCGCCACGAUGGCCACUUCGUUCACCCGCUCGACCUCGGCACGCUGAAGAAAGCCGAGUGGUUCCGCAGCCCCUGCCACGGCCUGCGGCAGGUGACGGCCGAGCUGGCUGUGCUGGGCGGGCCGCCCGAGGCCGCGGUCCAGAUAGGCGGUGGAAUGGCGCACUGCACCCACCGCCUGGUGUUGCACAAGCCGCUGGACGUGUGGUUCUGCCGGGGCUGUGGCUUCUUCGCGCCCCCUGGUCGUCGUGGCGCUGCGCUCGCUCUGGGCGCCGCGAGCCUUGGGCAGGCGGUCUUCGAAUUCGCCGUCACAGACACUCCAGGCUGCCCUGUCCGUCACAUGGGCGCCGCCUGCUUCUCCCUGGCCCUGUUCUACCUGUUCCUGCAAGAUGGGCCGCGGGGCAAGGGCAGGGGCAAGGGCAGGGACAAGUCCGCUGGUAAGCCUCACGCACUGCGAGAUGCACCGCCGACGGACAAGGACAAGGACAAGGCCAAGGACGAGGACGAGGACAAGGCCUCCGACGAGUACCGCUCGGCGAAGGAGAUCCUGCACAUCCGACCCGCGCUGCCGCAGGUGGCACGCGGGCAUCCCAGGUGGAGGACGCCGCCUGGACCGCAGGCGACAGACGCCGAGGUCGAGAACUACAAGGAGAAGGCCUCAGCCAGACUGGAGGCCCUGAAUGCUAUCAUCCUCGACCGCUACGACGCGGGCGAGGACUACGACGAUGCUGUGCUCGAGUUUGCGACCACGCUGACAAUGUUGUUCUGUGCGAGAGGAGUGAAGGCCCAGCUCCAGAAGCAGGAGGAGGCCUUCGAGCGUGCCGAGAAGCGCCUACAGAAGGCGAACGACGUGCUGGAGGACUUGCAGACACAGGUGAAGCAGGCCACCAUGGACGUCGACCUGGCCAAGCGCGACCUCGAGCACAUGACCAAGACGAUUGCCGAGCUGAAGACCCUGAUCCAGUCCGAGAACGAGGCUGCCAAGGAGGCUGCCAAGAGGGCUGCCGAGCCAGCUCCCGCAGCGACGCCUGCUGCUGGAACUACGCCGGUGGGUGUGGCAGGUGGUGUGGCUGGUGCAGUCCCAGCUGGUGCGCCCAUGUCCACGAUCGGAGCGUUGGCCGCUCACCAGACGCAGAUCUCGGCGAUGAUGGCCCAGCUGCAGGGUUUCCAGUCCCUCAUCCACCAGAUGCAGUUGUCGGCUGGAGGAGGUCAGAACAUCCCCGUGCCGACCGCCCACGUGACCUUCUCGACGGGGCCUGCUGGGGCUCCCGAGGCGGCGGGCAGGACGUCUGCAACGGCCCCCGUGGACGGCAUGGGAGGCUGGCUCGCGCUCGCCGAGGCGCUCGCCCAGCCGUGCGGCCAGCCGCGGGAGGGCAGCCCAUCGCUCCCAGUCACGCUCAGUAUGGGACUGCUGCCAGGCAUGGAGUAUAUGCCCUUUGCAUCUCUGCUCUUUGACUCCUCUGCUCUGGCUUGGGCUUGGAUGUAUUCCGACCGCUCCGCGGACCUUCCGAACAUCAUAGGUACUAACACCUUGCGGGUCGGUGAGGUGCUCUCGGAGGGUUUCCAGGUCCAGGAGGUGAUCGGGGUCCAGACCAUCCUUGAUGAGGUAUCAAGCCCGGCCGACAUCACGUUGCCCAGCUCUAUGCUGAUACGAGUCGGCUCCUAUUGCGUUUUCAUGUGCCUGGCCUGCAUCUAUUGCUUGUUGCUGCUCACGCCCCGCACUGUGCUCGCAAGGACCGCAGCCCUACCUUUGUUGAAGUUGGUGCUCCGUCUGGCUCUCUUGCGCAGUCUCAGUACAGGUGGCCGCUGCUGCGAGUUCAGCCAGAGCGUCUCCGUGAUCCAGCGAUCCGAGAGGCAUUUGCUCGGCAUGCGGCUCAGUUUCAAGCGCCUGACUGGAACGAAUCAGCGACAGCGCACUGUGCACGCGUGGAUGCCCACCUCGUUGCCUUUGCCAAGGACUACCAUGAACAUCUGCAGGUGCUUCAAAGUGCUGCCAGGUGCCACCUACCUGAAGGCCAUGUCUAGCAACAUUACCUUUCUGACUUCGCGGCUCAUUAGUUGGUCGUGCGACGUGGACAGGGCCGACAAGAUGGAGCAGGUGUCUAGGGAUGUCUCUAGCUCGUUUCUUCAGAAGGAGUUCAGGAAGGCGUUCGGGCAGCUUAGAUCCUUGGGUAUAGGUUCUACGAAGAAGAGGCCCGCUAGUCAGUCAGCUCAGGUACUCUCGAAGGAUGAGACGCCAGCCCUGACGCCCGCGGCCUGCCGUGAGCGAUGGCUGGAACACUUUGCUGAACAGGAGCUUGGCUUUCGGAUGCCCGCCCACGAUCUGCUGCAGUUCGUAGGAGAAUCACGUGCGCCGCUUGCUUCGCUGGACUUGUCUGCUGCACAGAGUUUACCGACACUUGCCAUGUUUGAACAGCAGAUGCUGAAGACCUCCAGCGCCUGUGCCAACGGACGUGGCACGGACUUCGCGGUGCACAUGGUUCGAUUGAUGCAGGAGGACUCGCGUAUCCGAUCGGAGUCGAUGUCGACGCUUUUCGUGGACCUGGAGGAGUUGAUCCAGAGUGAAGGGCUACACAAGGAGUUUAACGUGCCGUCUACCAGCACGGUUGAGCUUUGUAUUGACCACCUUGCGUAUGGGAACCCGAAUUGCUACAUCACGGUCCUCUCCAAUAUGGUCCCUGAGGCUCCUGAGGUUCUGGAGAAGGAGCUAGACGUGCUGGAGAUGUUCAGGCUCCUGUGGAGCCUGGACCCUGGCCUGUGGCUCGGCGGGAACAAGCACGCUUCCGACGUGCUGUUCGGCGCUCGCUUCCAGCAGGAGGCCUCUUCUCUUCUGUGA